GUUCUCGAUGCCAUUUUCGAUUCUGUUUUCAAUUUCGGCAGUGACGACGGGGGCGUCAGACUCUGGAAUUCGGUACAAACCGAGCCGUCUUCCUAAAUGGAAUCAUCGCAUUAGUUCUCCACUUACAUGUCGUCGUUGUGCUACUCGUCGAGCUCGGUCUUUGCGUUGCCUUUUUUCCCUAGUGCCUGUGAAUGCCGCGAUCUUUUUGCAUCCUGCCCGUAAUUCUCGACAUCAAUCGCUCCUGCCCUUCCUGACACCUGAUACUUGCAGCAUAGCCAUGCCGUCCACGCCGCCGGUCGGUUUCUUUUGUGAAACAGCGUAUUCACGAGCGACCACUCUGGGGCCCCAGCACGUCUGCACCAAGAAUCCAAGAUCUAGCGCCAGAUCCCCACCCACUCGCAGUCAAUUUAAUCCUCUUUGUCAAUUAUCGCUGGCGCAACCUCGAGAUUCUUUCUUCAGUAUUUUCCUUCUUCUAGUUUACAGCUCCACCUCGUACUAUCAAUGCCAGCAUACAUGUUCCUGUCAUCGGUAGACAUAAUUUUAUCGCAUUCUCAUCUCAGAGAUACGAGAAUUUAAAUUCAUGAGUAAAAAUCCAUUAUAUGUAAAGCAUUGUCAGGGAGAUACCUGGUUUCUGAAACAUAGAGAGCCGG